ACUUUGUGUUUGCCUUGCCCAGACCGGGAUACAUUUUUGGUUUUAUGUCAGGCGGUGAUGGAAGAUUUGAAACUUUGUCGUGUUUAUGUGAUGGUUUGAGUUGUUCCUCUGCAGCUGUGUGUACUCUCACAGACCACUCGUUUGCUGUCCACUCUCCAUCCAUCUUCACCCCCUCACUUUGGUGACAGACCUCUACUUCUUCCUCCCAGGAAUGCCUUUUUUAUUUCUGUUGGGUUAUUCCAGUUGCAGAGGCAAACAUUCCCUCUUUUUUAUAUAUAUUUCCUCUUCUGUGCUUUCACCUCUCCUGAUAAAUCCUCCAGGAUUUGGCAUGUGCAUAAAGCAAAGCGGGUAGCGCAUUAAUUCCUGGCAUUUCGGGGACUUGCCUUUGGCCUCGGGCAAAAAUGACGGCGACCACGUUGGUUUGGUCAGUGUUACUCGUUCCGCUCAAAGAGACCACAAGAACCGAACCCGCUUUGAAGAGAAGAGCGCACAAACAUGAGCGGGCACAGGGCUGAACCUCUCUACUCUAUUUUAAUCAUUUCUUCCCUCAGAGUCCUUCUGGUUUGGACCCGAGCGCGGAUGUUUGCUCUAGACCUGCUGCAGGAAAACUCCACCGGAAAAAUUGAGGAUUUAUCAGCUCAGAGUUAAAAAAUGCAUUUAAUUUUCUGUUGUAAACAUAAAAAUAAUUUACGACAAACUGAAGGAAAGGAAACAGAUGAAGAGGUAGAAGUGUGGCGGUGAGAUGAGGUCUCCUGAGGAGACCGCUGGGAGGGGUGGCGAUGAAGAGCAGAGAAGUUAAAGAGGAGGAGGAGGGAAACUCCCUCCUACUUGUGAACAGCUGCUCAGGAUUCACUCCGCAGAGCGUCCACAGCGCGCAGAGUCGUCUCACCUCUGCUGGGAAAUGAGAAUCGAACCGGGAUCGGACCGUUCCUGAGCCGACCAGCGCAUCAAAAGUUCUCCUGGGGAAUCCCUGCCGGUUCCAACUCCUUCCUCUUAUCCUGGAUCCAGAGGAGAAUUACUCUAAACCUAAUGACAACGCUCCCAAAUUCCUCUCCAGCACCCACUCAUCACUGAAAUUGCUCCACAUCUUUCACGUUUACAGCUUCAAAGCUUCUCUUUUUUUUGUCUAUAUUCACUGCAGCUCAAAUAGCUUGUAAUUAUGCUGACUCUCAUCAUGCACGCCUCUGCUGCUGCUGCGUGACUGAGCGCUGAGGGGAGAGGUGGAUUUUCCUUCUGAUUUGAGAUUAGAGGUAAACAGAGCCGGCGCUCGUCUAAACACCUCAGGCAUAAAUCUCGGCUGUUUUUGUCUGCGGUGACUGAGCUGCAGCAGUUGGAGGAGAGCGGCGCUCCAGAAGGAUGAACCUGCACCAGAUCCUGCAGCUGCGGGGCAGACCUGGAACCAGACCCGGCCCUGGACCCAGCUCCACCCUGCUGUUGCCGCUCCUGCUGCUGUCCGUCCUGCUGUGGAGCCAGCAGGCCGAGGCCGUGGUCCACUCCAGCUUCCGCCGGCUCAGUGGCCGCGAGAAGAAGGAAAUGCAGAAGGAGAUCCUGAACAUUCUGGGCCUGCCGGGCCGACCCAGACCGCACCCGCCCCUCAGGCCGCCCUCUUCGGCGCCGCUCUUCAUGCUGGACCUGUACCACGCCAUGUCAGCCGACGACGAGGACGAGAUGGCGCUGAACGGGCCGGGCCUGGGGAGGUACGGGGCGGCCGUGCAGGUCAACUACGCCGCGCUGCCAACGCUCAGCACGCACACGCCGCCGCUGGGGAGCGUGGUGAGCGAGGCCGACACGGUGAUGAGCUUCGUCAACCUGGUGGAGCAGGAGCGCAACCUGCUGCAGACGCGUCCGUACUGGAAGGAGUUUCGCUUCGACCUGACGCCGCUGCCGCAGGGUGAGACGGUGACGGCGGCAGAGUUUCGGAUCUACAAGACGCUGACCGUCGGCCAGAGAGCGAACCGGACGCUGCACAUCUCUGUCUACGAGAUCAAACGAGAAAACAGGAACAGAGAGUCGGAGCUGGUUCUGCUGGACAUGCAGUCGGUUCCCGCUGGACAGGAGGGCUGGCUGGCCUUCGACGUCACCUCCGCCUCCAACCACUGGCUGCUCCACCCGCGCAGCAACCUGGGCAUCCGCCUCUACGUGGAAACGGAGGACGAUCGCACGCUGUCGGCCAGCUGGAUCGGUCUGGUGGGCCGCAGAGGCCCGCGCUCCAAGCAGCCCUUCAUGGUGACCUUCUUCAGGGAGAGCCAGAUCCCGUGUCGGCCGACGCGCGCCGUCCGGCCCAAUCCCAGGAGGAAGAAACCCAAAUACGACCUGCCCAUCCCCACCAUCCACGGUCGCGGUUCUGUGAGUAAAGGUCAACCCUGCAAAAAACACGAGCUGUACGUCAGCUUCAGUGACCUGGGCUGGAAGGACUGGGUUCUGGCUCCGGCCGGUUACUCCGCCUACUACUGCGACGGUGAAUGCAUCCAUCCAAUGGGCGCCUGCAUGAACGCCACGAACCACGCCAUCAUCCAGCAAGUGGUCCACCUGAUGAAACCGGACGAGGUUCCGUCGGCCUGCUGCGCCCCCACCAAGCUCAGCUCCAUCUCGGUGCUUUUCUACGACGACAACAACAACGUGAUCCUGAAGAAGCAUCGCAACAUGGUGGUGAAAACCUGCGGCUGUCUAUGAGAGGAAGAGGAGGGCGCCCUUCCUCCCUCUGCCCCCACAUGAACUCUGAUACGGCGGGUCGGUUCGCGCUUUAAUCGCUGCUUUAGGAUCCAGAGGCUUCAGCUUGUUGCUUUCACAUAGAUUUAUUGCAGGCAUUCAGACUUUUAUCUAUUUAAAAAC